CGGCUCCCCGUCCCCUGGCUGCUGGCUCCCGAGGGGCGCCCGGGCCGCGCGCCGCUGCCGCAGUGUUAGUUAAAGGCAGAAACAGCGGAGAGCCCCAUAAAUACGCAGGAGCUGCGGACGGCGAAGUAGAGUAGCCGCUCGCAAACGCUCCCCCGCCGCGCACCUCCCGGGCCGCGCAGACCGCUCCCCGCGCGCCGCCCGCUGCCCCGUCCUCCGGGGCCGCUCAGGUGCCGGUCCCGCCGGCUCCGGGGACGCUCCGGCCCCGGCGCCCCCGUCCGGCUCUCGCUUCCCUCUGCCCGCAGCCCGCGCCCACCCAGGCGGCAAAGUUGUGACUUCUCGGGCGCGGGCGGCUUGCUCCCCGCUCGCUCCGCACCUCGCGCCGACGACAUCCCGCUGCUCGGCCCCGCGGCGCCCGGGCCCCGCACCUCCCGGGAUCCCACGGCCGCCCGCCUCCAGCCUCGGCGGCGCGCCGGGCAGCGCUUCGGUGGCGGUUGCAGCUGUGCUGGCGGCAAAGGCGGCGGCGGCGGCCCGACACUCCACCGCCAAACUGGAGGAACGACGGAAGCCGGACCCCAGGAGGAUGGAGGAUGAAGCUGUCCUGGACAGAGGGGCUUCCUUCCUUAAGCACGUGUGUGAUGAAGAAGAAGUAGAAGGCCACCACACCAUCUACAUUGGGGUCCACGUGCCGAAGAGUUACAGGAGAAGGAGACGUCACAAGAGAAAGGCAGGGCACAAAGACAAGAAGGAAAAGGAGAGAGUCUCCGAGAACUACUCCGACAAGUCAGAUGUGGAAAAUGCUGAUGAGUCCGGCAGCAGCAUCCUGAAACCACUCAUCUCUCCGGCCGCAGAACGCAUCCGAUUCAUCCUGGGCGAGGAGGAUGACAGCCCAGCCCCUCCUCAGCUCUUCACCGAACUGGAUGAGCUGCUGGCUGUGGACGGGCAGGAGAUGGAGUGGAAGGAGACGGCGAGGUGGAUUAAGUUCGAAGAAAAAGUGGAGCAGGGUGGGGAGAGAUGGAGCAAGCCCCACGUGGCCACGUUAUCCCUUCACAGCCUAUUUGAGCUGAGGACAUGUAUGGAGAAAGGAUCCAUCAUGCUUGACCGGGAGGCUUCUUCCCUCCCACAGUUGGUGGAGAUGAUUGUUGACCAUCAGAUUGAGAUAGGCCUUUUGAAACCCGACCUUAAAGAUAAGGUGACCUACACUUUGCUCCGGAAGCACCGGCAUCAGACCAAGAAAUCCAACCUUCGAUCCCUGGCUGACAUCGGGAAGACAGUCUCCAGUGCAAGUAGGAUGUUUACCAACCCUGAUAAUGGUAGCCCAGGCAUGACCCAUAGGGAUCUGACUUCCUCCAGUCUGAACGACAUUUCCGACAAGCCGGAGAAGGACCAGCUGAAGAAUAAGUUCAUGAAAAAACUGCCUCGUGAUGCAGAAGCCUCCAACGUGCUUGUUGGUGAGGUCGACUUCUUGGAUACGCCUUUCAUUGCCUUCGUUCGACUCCAGCAGGCUGUCAUGCUGGGAGCCCUGACCGAGGUCCCCGUGCCCACAAGGUUCUUAUUCAUUCUCCUAGGUCCUAAGGGGAAAGCCAAGUCCUAUCACGAGAUUGGCAGAGCCAUCGCUACCUUGAUGUCUGACGAGGUGUUCCAUGACAUUGCUUAUAAAGCGAAAGACAGGCAGGACCUGAUUGCUGGCAUCGAUGAGUUCCUAGAUGAAGUCAUUGUCCUUCCUCCUGGGGAAUGGGAUCCGGCGAUCAGGAUAGAGCCUCCUAAGAGUCUUCCAUCAUCUGACAAAAGAAAGAACAUGUACUCGGGUGGAGAGAAUGUGCAGAUGAAUGGGGACACCCCCCAUGACGGAGGCCACGGAGGAGGAGGACACGGGGACAGUGAAGAACUGCAGAGAACUGGACGGUUCUGCGGUGGACUGAUUAAGGACAUAAAAAGGAAAGCGCCAUUUUUUGCCAGUGAUUUUUAUGAUGCUUUAAACAUCCAGGCGCUGUCAGCAAUUCUCUUCAUUUAUCUGGCAACUGUAACUAACGCUAUCACCUUUGGAGGACUGCUUGGGGAUGCGACCGACAACAUGCAGGGCGUGUUGGAGAGCUUCCUGGGCACAGCUGUCUCUGGAGCCGUCUUUUGCCUCUUUGCUGGUCAGCCACUCACUAUUUUGAGCAGCACAGGACCUGUUCUAGUUUUCGAAAGGCUUCUCUUUAAUUUCAGCAAGGACCACAGUUUUGAUUACUUGGAGUUUCGCCUUUGGAUCGGCCUGUGGUCAGCCUUCCUGUGUCUCGUUUUGGUAGCCACCGAUGCCAGCUUCUUGGUUCAGUACUUUACACGCUUCACUGAAGAGGGCUUCUCUUCUCUGAUUAGCUUCAUCUUUAUCUACGAUGCUUUCAAGAAGAUGAUCAAGCUUGCUGAUUACUACCCCAUCAACUCGGACUUCAAAGUGGGCUACAACACUCUCUUUUCCUGUGUCUGUAUGCCACCCAGCCCAGUUAAUAUCUCAGUAUCUAAUGACACCACAUUGGGUCCAGAGGACUUGCCAAGUGCAUCUUCUACUGAUGCGUACCAUAAUGCCACUUUUGACUGGGCUCUUCUGUCGAAGAAGGAGUGUGUGAAACGUGGAGGAACGCUCGAGGGGAACAACUGCGAUUUUGUUCCCGAUAUCACGCUCAUGUCCUUCAUCCUCUUCUUGGGCACCUACACCUCGUCUAUGGCUCUGAAAAAAUUCAAAACUAGUCGUUAUUUUCCAACCACGGCAAGAAAACUGAUCAGCGAUUUUGCCAUUAUCUUGUCCAUUCUCAUCUUUUGUGUAAUAGAUGCCCUGGUGGGUGUGGAUACUCCAAAACUGAUUGUGCCAAGUGAGUUCAAGCCAACAAGUCCAAACCGCGGUUGGUUUGUCCCGCCCUUUGGAGCAAACCCCUGGUGGGUGUGCCUUGCAGCUGCUAUCCCUGCUUUGCUGGUCACCAUUCUGAUUUUCAUGGACCAGCAAAUCACAGCUGUGAUUGUCAACAGGAAGGAACAUAAACUCAAGAAGGGAGCUGGGUAUCACCUGGACCUCUUCUGGGUGGCCAUCCUCAUGGUGGUGUGCUCCUUCAUGGCUCUUCCGUGGUACGUGGCUGCUACUGUCAUCUCCAUUGCCCACAUCGACAGUUUGAAGAUGGAGACGGAGACGUCUGCACCUGGAGAGCAACCAAAGUUUCUUGGAGUGAGGGAACAAAGAGUCACUGGAACCCUUGUGUUUAUUCUGACUGGUCUCUCAGUCUUUAUGGCUCCCAUCUUGAAGUUUAUCCCCAUGCCUGUACUCUAUGGCGUGUUCCUGUAUAUGGGGGUGGCAUCCCUCAAUGGUGUCCAGUUCAUGGAUCGUCUGAAGCUGCUUCUGAUGCCUCUGAAGCAUCAGCCCGACUUUAUCUACCUGCGCCACGUCCCUCUGCGCAGAGUCCACCUGUUCACUUUCCUGCAGGUGCUGUGUCUAGCCCUGCUCUGGAUUCUCAAGUCAACUGUGGCUGCUAUCAUUUUUCCAGUCAUGAUCUUGGCACUUGUAGCUGUCAGAAAAGGCAUGGACUACCUCUUCUCCCAGCAUGACCUCAGCUUCCUUGAUGAUGUCAUUCCAGAAAAGGACAAGAAAAAGAAGGAAGAUGAAAAGAAAAAGAAAAAGAAGAAAGGGAGUCUGGACAGUGACAAUGACGAUUCUGACUGCCCAUACUCAGAAAAAGUUCCAAGUAUAAAAAUUCCAAUGGACAUCAUGGAACAACAACCUUUCCUAAGUGAUAGCAAACCUUCCGACAGAGAAAGAUCACCAACAUUCCUUGAACGCCACACAUCAUGCUGAUAAAAUUCCUUUUCUUCAGUCACUCGGUAUGCCAAGUCCUUCUAGAACUCCAGGAAAAGCUGUGCCUCAAAUCAGAAUAGAACUUGAGCCUGAAGACAAUGAUUAUUUCUGGAGGAACAAGGGAAC